AUGAUAGAUGGCAAUGCUAAAGGGAUCUGCACUGGAGAAGAGAAGCUGGAGUCUCUUCCUAAUUCUGUGUUUGAUACCACCAUGGGUGGACAUAGUUACAGCAUCUACAAUGCAGUCUAUGCUGUGGCACAUGCUCUGAGGGCCAUGCACUCCUCCAAACUCAAAAAGGGUGAAAUAAUUGAUGAGAGGAGAUGGAAGCUCUUCCUUCAAGCCCCAUGGCAGUGUAACAAGAAAUGCCCUUUUGGCCAUAGCAAAAUAAAAGUGGAAGGGAAAUUAUCUUGUUGCUAUGACUGUAGACGGUGUCCAGAAGGGAAGAUAGCUGACCAAAUGGACUUAGAUGAUUGUGUCCCAUGUCCAGAAGAUCAAUAUCCAAACAAGGAUCGGGAUCAUUGCCUUCCAAAAAGCAUAACCUUCUUGACUUAUCAAGAGCCAUUGGGGAUUUCUUUGGUAGCUAUUGCAAUUUCCUUUGCCUUCAUCUCAGCUAUGGUGCUGGGGAUCUUCCUUAAACAACAGGACACUCCCAUUGUCAAAGCCAACAACAGGAAUCUCACUUUUAUCCUUCUCAUUGCUCUCCUCCUCUCCUUCCUUUGCACUUUGCUUUUUAUUGGCCAACCUGACCAAGUGAAAUGUCUCAUGCGACAAACUGCUUUUGGCAUCAUCUUCUCUGUAGCUCUUUCUUGUAUACUGGGGAAAACAAUCAUUGUUGUGCUUGCUUUCAUGGCCACCAAGCCAGGCUCCAAGAUGAGGAAAUGGGUGGGGAAAAGGCUGGCCAAUACAAUUGUCCUAGCUUGUUCCCUGGCACAAUUGACCAUUUGUGUAGUUUGGCUGGCUAUUUCUCCCCCAUUCCCAGAUUCUGACAUGCACUCUGUGGCUGAAGAAGUUGUCCUGCAAUGUAAUGAAGGUUCAACCACUCUGUUUUAUUUUGUCCUUGGUUUUAUGGGGUUCUUGACUGCUGUCAGCUUCACCGUGGCCUUCCUAGCUAGGAAUUUACCUGACAGCUUCAACGAAGCCAAAUUUAUCACCUUCAGCAUGUUGGUCUUUUGCAGUGUUUGGGUGUCAUUUGUUCCCACCUACCUGAGCACCAAGGGGAAAUACAUGGUGGCUGUGGAGAUCUUCUCCAUUUUGUCUUCUGCAGCAGGAUUACUGGGCUGCAUCUUUUCCCCCAAAUGCUAUAUCAUUAUUCUGAGGCCUGAUUUGAAUAAGAAAGAGCAAUUAAUAAAGAAAUGA